UAGAGACUUCUUUAGCUGAAAGAACGUCUGGAUUUAGUCUUUCUCUGAGAGAGCAGAAACAGUGCAGAUGGAGAGAACUGCUGCUGUCGCUGUUGCUCUAAUGCUGCUGCUGCAGAACAGCCUGCAGGAUCCUGAGGUUUCAGCGAAGUCUCAGGACUGCCCUGAUGAACUGAAGCAGCUCAAAGAUCUGGUCUAUCAACAGGCGACUGCUUUGGCUGAGCUGAAGGUGAAGAUGAGCUACAUGGAGAAAGAGAGCACAGCUCUGGAGGCCAGACUCGCAGGCCGUGAGAAAGAGAUGGAGAACCUGAAGAAAGAGAACGAAGGUGCCCUCUCAGCCGUGAAGAGUGAUCUGGAGAAGCUGAAGAAUGAGAUUGCAGGAAGACCAAAGGUGGCGUUCUCUGCUGGUUUACCUGCUGGACAGAAAGGCCCGGUCAGCGCUGAGACCACUCUGAUCUAUAAUAAAGUCUUGACAAAUAUUGGAAGUGCUUAUAACCCGUAUACAGGCACCUUCACAGCUCCGGUCAGAGGGGUCUACUAUAUCAGAUUCACUGCAGCCGCGUACAACAGCAACAGCAACAAUAUGGGACUGAAUCUGUACAAAAACGAUCACCAUCUGAUGCAUCUGGGCGAAUACAACAGCGACGGCAAAGCUAGGCAUGUUUCAGGUGGUCUGGCUCUGGAGCUGGAGGCAGGAGAUGUGCUUUACGCUCGUCUUCCCGCAGACUACAUGCUUUAUGAUGAUUCCCUUGUCCGCAAUAGUUUUAGUGGCUUCCUCAUCUUUCCCGUGUAACAGCCUAGUUGGGAAAUUACAGCUUAAAAUCUGCUCUGGUAAGCAAGACUUUCGCUCAGGAAACUAAACACUGAACGUACUGUGGGGUGCUAGCAAUACUGUACAGUUAUAUGCAACACCGCCGGUGUUGGAAAAAAAUUCCUGUCAUUUUUUUAAGAAGUGAUUAGUUCUCCAUUAUGACCCAAGUGGAAUGUAAAUUCAGGUGGAUACAUUUUUUUUAAAAAUCAAUUUCUUUCAUCUCAAAUCUAAAUAAUCUUAAUAUGUCCAUUAACAUCUCCUAUUAUCAUAUAUGCAGAAAGGAGCUUAAUUCAAAUAUAUGUUAGUCACUGGUGUUGUAUUAAUAUGGUGAGACUCCAGUGACAUUCUGGUUAAAACUGAGGAUUUUGUAAACUGGUUGACUCAUUGACUGAUCAGGUGACCUUGUGCAACUAUUUGAAAUCAGUAAUAAAAUGAUUUAUGACAUUAUUUUUUACAAAAUAUUACUAGCCCAGCCAUUAAAGCUCAUAACACCGGUGACACAUAGAUGUUAUGAGCUGCCUGAUAAACAAAAUUAUUAAUAAAUGAAUGAAAUAUAGUGAGCGAGUGUGACUCGCCUUCUCAUGCCUUGAGAUGCUUCCUUUCUGAUGAGACUCGACCCAAAGAAGCAGUUUAAUAGAGCUGAAAACACUGUGUUAAAAGGUAGAAUAAGAGUCCUGAUAACACCAGUGACCAAAAACUCUGUGACAAAUGAAUUUUAAAAAAAAUAAAAUACAUAUUUUUUAAACGUAGUAAAACGUUAAUGAUACAAAAAGUAAACAUGAAUCUGUUUUAUGCAAAUUCCUAAGUUAAACCUCUAAACGGUUUUAUACUAAAAUUUGUUUCUCAAAUGUUGAAAGUUGGUUUAGUGACGAGCUGUUUUACAGAUGUAGAGCGACUAUGAAACAGGAUAAAGAAAAAAAUCUGAGAAAUCAGAAGGUAAAAGUAUUUUUUUAUUUUAGGUCAACUGGGUAAACGUACAUCCUGACUUUUGGAGCUGAACCUGAUAUUCUCAACAUCUUUUUAAGCCCUGAAACCUUUGUGACAUGGUUUCCCCUCCAAAUGGAGAAUGACCUAAAGAAGCAGAAGUACCUCUAACUGUACUUAAGUACUAUUUUUGAAUGUUGAUUGUGGCGUCUUUGCUUUUUCUUUUGACAUUUAUUUUAUUUAACUGCACAUAUUUUCAGGCUGGAAUGAGCUCUGUGCAGAAACUACACGUUGCAUUGACUUUGAUAUGCAGGAAAUCCUCCAACACCAGGCCUAGAAACCUGUUCAGUAGGACAAAGAAGACAAAUGAUCUAAUCAUCUCGAUUUUUUUAUAAAUGUCAAUGAUUAAACUCAAAGCAAACUUAUAACCCUUUGAGAUCAAUAUUUGUAACAGCAAAGCUAUGACAGAGGUACAAUAUAACUGGUAGACAUUGUUAUUAUGUGUGUAGAUUGUAAAGUGUCCUACUAAGCUGACAAAUAAAAUGUCCCACAAAAGUUCUGUAGAAGUGAAGUGAUGGUCUAAUAAAUGGUAAUAAAAUGGUCUAAUAAAUGGUAAUAAAGUCAGCUUUGUUUACAGCUAA